AUGGCGCCCAAGGCAGCUGGUAAGAAGACCGCGGCGGCGGCGGAUGGGGCCAGCAAGAAACAGCGCCUUGCCGAGAAGAAAAGUGAGGCUGUGAGGAGGGAACAAAAACAGGUGUUGUCCAGCGACAAGGCUAACCAGGCCAUCAUGAUGGAACAGAUCGUGGAGUGGUGCGAGUCGCACCCAAGGGGAUUCGAACACAUCCACCGCUCGAUCAUGCUCGGUUCCUAUGACGCCUUGGACCAGAAGAAUGCCCUGACGGACGCCGAUGCAGACACAAGGUUGCCGAGCUACAUGAACAAGUUCCGACUCCUGACCGUCCCGGUGGCCUUGGAAAUCCUCGCCUUGGUGACGCCAGCAGUUGCCUCCUUCAUAGAGAAGAUGCUGAAGAAGGGGCAGAAGAUUUCCAAGUUCGACGUCACGGAGGUCGUCGCCUUCGUCCUCCAUGUGGAUCUGCGCAGCGCCUUGCCCAGCAAGCAGAAGAGCCAGCUGCUCCAGUGGUGCAAGACCAGAAGCGAGGAGUCGGACAGUCCUCUCAAGUCUUGGUCUUCGUCUUCGGAGCCGGUAUGCGAGACCUGGGAGGACGGGGAUGUUCUGGACUUCGUCGCCCAUCCGCUCUACAAGUACUGGAACUUUGAGCAUGCCGCCGAUGACGGGGACCAGUCGACGUUCGGGGUCGUGCGGUACCUGAAGACGGACAUUCGCCUUCGGCUUCCGAAGGAGAUCCGCGGGUUCCCGAUGAAGGGCCCCCACCUCUUCUUCACGGCCUUCGUGAAGGGCUGCAUCAGCAUCCCCAUGACCCACGUCAUGGAGCACAAUGGGGCCGAGGCGGGUCCUGAGAGGCCCCUCUUCUUCGAGGCGGUUCCAUCAGGCUCGUCUUCGACUUCGCCUUCGAAGCCCAAGGAGGCCGAGCAGCAGCCCCCGCCGGCUACGCCGAAGAGGAAGGCUCGCUCCGACCCGAAGACUCCCGGGUCCGGGCGCUCGGGCAAGGACCCGGUGAGCCCGCCGCCUUCGUCCGGCAAGCGCAAGCGCUGCCUUGCCAUCAUUAUCGAACAUGGGGAUCAAGUGCAUCGCUGGCGGAUCUUCUAUGGCAACAGAGUCCACUACCUGUGCACGAAGGCCGGCAUUUCUGAUGUAAGGCAGAUCAUGGGAACUAUGGCGCACGUGGUCGAGGCGAUGCUGGAGCGUUUGCGAGUAGAUCUGACGGAGGAUGAGAUCGCCGUGGCUCUGCAGGUAUUCAACCUUCGGCUGUGGCAGGAGACGAACCGACAACAGGAGCUAGUGGACUCUACACGCAAGCUCUGUGAUAUGCUCAAGCUUUCGCACGGGGAGAUUGCGAAGAGUCGCAAUCUUGCUUCAGAGAAAGUCAAGGCACUCGGGCACCCUGGCCUGUCCGACACCUUUUGGACAUUUGCAAAGACUGUCCAGCUGCUCAAGGUCGAAAAAGUCCAGGAUGGUGAGGAACAGAACUUGAGGUACAACAACACCUUGUACAACAAGGCCUUACACCAGGCUGCCACAGCAGCUGUUGCAGUGCUGCGGGGUCCAUCCGGUCCCGUGGAGAAGGCUGCCCGGAGAUUGGAGCUGGAAUUUGGGCGGGGCAUCUUGAGCAGUCAGUACUCGAAGUUGAGCAAGCUGUUAUCGCUGACCAACAAGCUCGCAUCUGCUACCAGAAACGCUGUAGACCUGACGGCCUGGAUGAUCGACUCCUUGACGCUGGCCCUGCGCAUGAACAUGGUCACGCCAGCUAAAUGCACCGAGAAGUUUCUGGAUCGAGACCGGAAGACAGGCGAUGCUGGCUUUUGGUUGUCGCGCAUGCUGGUGGUGCAGGUCUUCGAUUAUGCAGCAAAGCUGGCGAACAAGUUGCCUGAGCCGGACAAGGUUAAGCUGACAGGGAUUUUGGCUGAACUCCGUUGCCCUUCCACAUGUUGGGAGAAAUAUCUCUGCCAUGCUGAUGCUGAUCAAGGGGCUGCUGGAGAGGACGACAUGGACGGCGAGGACCCAGAGGACGUGGAGCGCCCUGUUCCGCAGUCCAAGAUUGGAGCUGUUAAAGAGGGUUUCAACAAAGCCAUUGGCAUGCUUUUGGAUUUGCUGCUGGAGCUGAUGUCGGGGAAGUACUACAAGGAUUGCUGCAUGCUGGCUUCGAGUGAAGAUGGCCUUGCAAAGGCAUUGACAGCUGCACAGCUUGGAAGCUCGGAUGACACGGAGCACGAGGAGCCAUGUGCGCUUAUCACUCAGAUGAAGAUCAUUGUCGACAAGUUCGACAACAGCACGAAGUCCGUUGGUGCCACAUCUGCGGCUCCUGCUCCGAGUUUGCUCCAAAGCCUGGCCAAGGCUUCUGAAGCUGACACACCCGAGGAAUGUGUCGAGCGUGAGCGGCAGUGGAAGGCGGUGCAAACGGAACGCCGCAAGUUCGUGUCGUUCUCGGUACCGAACAAGAUCUCGAAGGACUGCCUAGUCAAUGCGUUCAGAGGUUGCGGCAAGGUCUUCACGCACAAGGGCACCUUAAACUCUUCGCACCGCCUGAUCGUUGCCAGUGCGGAUCUCUUGGCAGAGGCUGGUACCGACCCGUGGCUCAAGGGCACUCCGCCAAGCGAGGAAUGGAAAGAGAUCUGUGCCUUUGCCAAAGACAUUUCUGGGCCCGAGGAUUUCGUCGUACUCUUCGACGGCAGAAUGCGGGAAAUUCGCCGCGUGUCCGAAGACCUCCUGCUGAACCAGCAGCACACCGAGGAGUGCACCAUCGUGUACUCAGGUGGGUGCCCGCCGAGAACUGGUCGCACUCGCCGCGUUCCGCUGGCUGCAAAGAAGGUGGAGACAGGAGCGGUUAAGUUCCCGGUCGCACGCACCAAGAUUCAGACGACGAAGAAAGGCUCCUUCACAGUCUGCGGCGAGGCUUCUACGUACCAAGGCACUUACUCAGGCGUGGAGUACCGUGCGGUUUCUGAAAUGCCCCUCGUGUCUGCAGACACCAAGAAGAAGAUCAUUGCUCCGGCAACAACCGGCGACCUCCCGACACCGCCAGAGGACUGGCAGGAUCGCCACGGCUCCGACGUACCCUUGUUCUGGAACGAGUCGAAGCCGAUAGCAUAUUGGAAUGCCAUCAUUGAGGAGUUUUGCGCGGAGGCAGUGUUUGACCUCACGGCUGGCACCGGUGCUCUGAUGGAGGCUUCUUUGACUGCCGGCAUCGCAUACCACGGGCUUUGCAGCCUCAACAAGGAGCACAUGUCGUGGGUCCAGGCGGUUGCUGAUCGCGCAGCUUGCGGAAUGAUGGCUUUGGAGGGAUCCACUCUUUACUCGGACGAGAAUGCCAAGGCGGUGAAGAAGCAUUUCCCGCACGUUCUGGAGAGCUUGUCCAACCAAGACGACCAGGACGAGGCCUACCAGACGCCUCUGGGGCAAAACCAGUCUCAAGACGGCUUCUCGUCGGAUGCCCCGGGGAGCUUGCGGAAGCAGGCUGUGAAAGACGGCUUGGUCCCCAAGGCUCGAAGGGCCUUCGUCAUCUGGUUCCAGGAAAACUCCGAAGUCAAGAAAGGCGCUCCCAAGCACGAGUUUCUCAAUGAGAUGAAGCAUCUUGGCGCAGUCUGGCAGGGCAUGACCGACAAGCAGAAGGCACCAUUCAUGGCGAGGAGCAAAGAUGAGUUCAUGGCUCAGCGAAGUGCACUGGCCGUUCUUGGCAUCAGGAUGCGGGGCUCCACGACCAGUGCGGGCGGCCCCGACGAGGCGAAGGACCCCCCUGCCGCUGACGAAUCUGGCGGUCGCGUUGGCCCAUUUGAGCUUAAUGGUGCAAGGGCUCCAAUUGGAGGCGGAGCCUAUGGCAGUGUCUACAGUUGCCAGCAUCCGCAAAGCGGCCUUAACGUGGCGGUGAAGGUUUAUCGUGGCUCCGAUGGCCCCGCGGAUUGCAGGCACGAAGUGGAGCAGAUGAAGCUUCUAAUGAAGGCCGUUCCGCAGCAGAAGAUGAUGUGGUUCCCGCUUCUUGUCAGCUCGGGUGUCACGGGCAGACCUUGGCCAUGGAUGGCUACUAGCCUAUGUGGGCCCAGCCUGGCAACCGCACUUCGAAAUCCUGCGGCGCAUGGCAAGCCGAGGACGUGGUCUGUGGCAGCUCAGCUGAGAAGUGCACUGCAGACCUUGCAUGACGCAGGCAUCCUACACUUGGAUGUGAAACCUGGCAAUGUUCUUUGGUGCCCUUGCACAGAUCAGGUGCAGGUGUGCGACUUCGGCAUGAGUGAGAACAUGGCACGGCUCCAGAAGGCUUCUCAGGCUCCCAGGUUCCUGCAGUAUGUCACGGCUGCCUAUCGACCUCCGGAGCUGUGGCCCGCUCGUGUGAAUGGCGAUGGAGACUGCGGUGUCAGAAAGCAGCUGCUGACUGCAGCUGUGGAUAUGUGGGCCUAUGCUUGCGUGGUGUUUGAGGUGGAGACCGGGAAUCCCUUCAUGCCCAAGGGGGAGGCCGGACUGAGAGCGUGGUGCAAGCAGUGGCCCGAGCUGUGGAAAACACGCAGCGACUUAGCCAAUUGCCCCGCUGCAAGUCACACGUGCUGCACAAAGGUGCUUCGAGCCGGUAAAUGGGGGCUGUUUGUGUUGGUCGGCUGUGCUCCAGACCCCGGAAAGCGGCGGUGGCCGGAGCUCUGUCUGAAUCAGAAAUGA